CACCCAACGCCCAACCCAUCUAACAAAACACGCCACGACACAGCUACACGAAUCUACAACAAAUUAACAAUGGCCACCACGUUGUCUCUUGCAUCUCUAAGUUCCUCCUCCGCCUCUCCUUUCAUAGGACCAAAGUUUCCGACCGAUAGCCACCGUUCUCCGCCCUCUCGUGUGAGUUUUCGGCAGCUCCGUGUAUCCGCAAAUUGCGCCACAACAGCUGAUAGAACAGCAGCGGCACCGCACAUUUCAUCGGCGGGGUCACUCUACGAAGUCCUUGGGAUUCAGAUGGGAGCCACGUGUCAAGAAAUAAAGGCUGCUUAUAGGAGAUUAGCGAGGGUUCUGCAUCCUGAUGCUGCGACUGAUAAUGGACAAAAGGAGAAUAAGGCGAAUGAGUUUAUAAAAGUACACGAAGCUUAUGAAACUUUGUCCGAUCCAGAGAAACGAGCUGAUUAUGACCGGAGUUUAUUCUGGCGAGGGAGGCAAUUGAGUUCGGCGUUUAUAACGUCGGCAAUGGCGGCUUCUGCUUCGGGUUCUGGAUUCUCUGGGUUUCCUAGGCGGAGAUGGGAAACUGAUCAAUGCUGGUAAAAGAAAGCUAUUGGAAUUGAUAGUUAAUUAUUAUUAUUAGGAGCUAAAGAUCUUUAGGAUUAAUUAAUUGAAUGGGGUUUUAGAAGAAGACAUGGUAGGAUACAAGUAUCGAGUGCCCCAAAAUCUGAUAAAUUGGGGGAGAAUUACUGCAUUCUUGUAAAUAGACAAGAUUGGUUAUCUAACUUUUGUAUUAUGAAAACAGGCGUAUUUUUAAAAGCCUGUUUUUAAUUAUAUUAGUUCUAAAUUCCCUAA